UGAGCUGUGGUGUCAGGAGAUUCUAGCUGUAAGCCAUGUGACUUUGCAGAGAGCUACAGAGAUUGGCUGAGGUCAUCUGUGACCUCAGCACACUGCCUGUGUCCCUCCUCAACGCUGUCGCCCCUCGUUAAAAACACACACACACACACACAAUCCUCCCUCCUUCCCAGUCUGUUCUCCGCCUCCCCUCCCUGCCUCUUUUUCCUUCAGUUGGCUUUUUCCCCACCGCUCAGCAUCCUCUUCUGCGUGUAGGCUAGAGCCACAGCAGCAGCAGUAGCAGUAGAAGCAUCCAUGGCUUAAUGGACAGCUAGCCUAGCCCCUACCCCUCCUCUCUCCUCUCUUUUUCUUCCUCUCUUCCUUUCGAGCUAGUUGACAGGCAACGUCUGGGAUUGUUGGAGGCUCACAGUUAGCCAGGGCGUUAUCCACGAGCUUGCAGCUGCUUUGCUGCCCAUCAGUUCCACUGAAUAUCUGUAACCGGGGGCUUCUUCUCCUGUCCCCCUCCCCGUGCCUCCUGCUUUCAUUUCAGGCUCUUUGGAAAUAGAGGAAUGCAAAUCUGCAACCAUGAUGGAAGGAUUGAAAAAACGUACCAGGAAGGCCUUCGGGAUACGAAAGAAAGAGAAGGACAGUGACUCUACAGGGUCUCCAGACAGAGAUGGUGGUUCCCAGAAGAAGACAAAUGGAGCCCCGAAUGGCUUCUAUGGAGAUAUCGACUGGGAAAGAUACAACUCCCCUGAGUUGGAUGAUGAAGGCUACAGUAUCAGACCUGAUGAAGAGUCAGAGGAAGGAGCUACCAAAAAGACCCAUUUCUUCUCAUCUGACGAGUCUGAGGAGGAAGAGGACCACAAGAAGAAAUUCAAAAUCAAAAUCAAACCGCUGCCAGCUGAUUGUGUCAUAUCGGCUCCUUCGGUUGAUGAGCUCAAAGCUUCCAUAGGAAACAUAGCCCUGUCCCCGUCUCCUAUGAGGAGUCCGAGACGUAGCCCGGGUAUUAAAAGGAACACAUCUAGUGAGGAAAUUGCCAGGCCAAGGCGUGCCGUUCCCGCUGCUCCCAUUGUGGCCCCCACACCAGCUCCAGCACCACAACCACCCAGCAAUCAGCAAACAGUCCCUGAAGACACCACAGCCUUAUUUGGGCCUCCGUUAGAAACAGCCUUCAGAGAACAGAAAACUGAAGUGGUUCUUUCUGAGCCCGAUGUGUGGGGGACUUCUUUCUCAGAGCCUGAAUCCUCUUUAACGAGGUCCUUCCCCACAGGAACUCCUCCUCCCCUUCCACCUAAGAAUGUCCCAACUUCACCCCCAACAACUGGAGCCCCUUCUCCAGAUGCUGCUGAAGCAACAGCAGAUGCAAAUGACUCAAGCAGGAAGCCCUCCAUAGCAGACCUGGACAACAUUUUUGGACCGGAGGUGGCUCCCCCUGCUGGUGAAGAUACAGACGACAAGUGGGUCUGCUUCAGUGAACACUCUCCCGCUGGACCACCAGCACCAAAGGAACCUGCACCACAUAUGCCCUCUUCACCACCCCCUCCUGAAGAGCCAGCACCUCCUCCACCUGAAUCCCCAGCUCCACCUCUACCUACAUCACCUCCUCCUCUCCCCAUCGCUCUUUCCCCAAAAGAAGACUCGCCUCCUCCUCUUCCAACCUCGCCACCUCCGUCAGAGGAGCCUUUCUUGCCUCCUAUACGUUCAGGUCCCUCCACACCAGAAGACCAAAAUCCACCCUCCAUCGCCUCUUCUCCCCCACUUGCAUUAAAGGAGCAUACAUCACCUCCAGCUUCCUCCCCUCCUCCUCUUAGCUCACCUGGUGGUGUCCCACCAGUCCCCGCCCCCAAGGAUGGCACCCGUGAAGUGGUGACUCUACCUUCUGAAGAACCCUCAGCUUCCUCAAUCCCAUCACCCCUUGUCCUCUCUCAAGAGGAGCAGUCUAAGAACACAAACACCUUUCAUCCCAAAGAGGAAGGAGGUGAAACAAUCACCUCUCCCAAAGAUGCCAGCAAGGAAAGUCGGAGCACACCCCCACCGCCUCCUCCUCCUCCAACGUACCGUGCAGUAGUUUCAUCACCAGGCCCCACAACUGGAGCAGGAGGGACAAAUAGUGGUUCCUCCUCACCUGUAAGACCUUCCACCCCCUCAUCAGUCAGCCCAACCCCACCCCCACCUCCGCCUCGGCCUCCUUCACGACCCAAGCUUCCUCCUGGGAAACCUGCUGUUGGAGAUGUGAACCGGCCGUUCAGCCCACCAAUCCACUCGGCGAGUCCCCCUCCCAUUGCUCCGUUGGCACGAGCUGAGAGCACCUCUUCAAUCUCCUCCACCAACUCCCUGAGUGCUGCCACCACACCCACUGUUAGCAAGGAGUUGUGUGUGUCUGUGUCAGAAGAUGAUGCUUAUGUAGACAAACUGCCCACCUUUGAGAGGCACUUUGAUUCAUUUGCAGAGAAUGACCAGCCAUCCCUUGUUUGGUUUGACAGAGGGAAGUUUUAUUUAACCUUUGAAGGCUGCUCCCGAGGACCGAGCCCUCUCACUAUGGGGGCCCAGGACACACUUCCUGUGGCCGCGGCAUUCACAGAGACUGUCAACUCCUUUUUUAAAGGAGCAGACCCCAGCAAGUGUGUUGUGAAGGUCAUAGGUGAGAUGGUUUUAUCGUUUCCGGCAGGAAUCACACGGCACUUUGCCAAUAACCCGUCCCCUGCCGUGCUAACCUUCAGCAUAACCAACUACAGUCGACUGGAGCAUGUCCUGCCUAACCCCCAGCUGCUCUGCUGCGACACCACCACGCAAUCUAAGGCUGAUUCAAAGGACUUCUGGGUGAAUAUGCCAAACCUGAUAUCUCAUCUAAAGAAGGUGGCUGAGCAGAAGCCGCAGGCAACGUACUAUAAUGUCGACAUGCUCAAGUAUCAGGUAUCAACGAAUGGCCUCCAGUCAGCUCCUCUGAACCUGGCUGUGAGCUGGAGAUGUGAACCCACCAGCACUGACCUGAGGAUAGACUACAAAUAUAACGGGGAGGCCAUGUCUACGCCGAUGGCUCUUAACAACGUCCAGUUUCUCGUCCCAAUCGAUGGAGGUGUUUCAAAGUUACAAGCUGUCCUACCUCCUGCUGUAUGGAAUGGAGAGCAGCAAAGAAUCCUAUGGAAGAUCCCUGAUAUCUCUAAGAAAUCUGAAAACGGAGGUGUGGGGUCCCUAUUGGCACGCUUCCAGCUAACAGAGGGUCCCAGUAAACCGGCUCCACUGGCAGUCCAGUUCACCAGUGAGGGCAGCAACCUGUCAGGAUGUGACAUUGAACUGGCUGGACCAGGAUAUCGCUUCUCUCUAGUUAAAAAGAGGUUUGCUGCAGGAAAAUACCUGGCUGACAAUUGACCCCCACUAAGAGCAGCACUGUUAAACUGAACGACUGUCAUGGACCAAGCUUAGCAACGCGACCAGAGGACAGACCCAAACCAGACACUCCUGUAACUCUUUCUGAACCCACACGACAGGUCUGCAGCCUACUCAGCAGUAUUGUAUAACUUGCAUAUAGCAUUGUGGAACUGUUUCACGUCAUGUAAUUAUAGUAUUUGUACUCAUCUCAUACAAAACGUGUGUUGCUGCAGUUAGACACAUGGGUUCUUUCCUUCUCUAAAGUCUGUGCCUCUGUCUUCAUCCUCCUCUGGUCAGUGUUUGGUGGUGUUAUUUAAAGUUUCACUGCAGCUGCCUGACAGAAGACUUGGACAGAGCAUUUUUCUUUGGUCUGUGAAGAACUUUUUCGCAGUAACACAUCUCACUCCACACAGUUGGAUCAGCACAUACAGCAGUACGAAAUGAGUUAUGCUAAAUCACAAACCUCAGAGCAAACAUACUUUAGUUAAUGAUUGUUGUCAGUGCAUUGAAACAAUCUAAUAAAAACAAAUUCAUGUAGCUACAUAAACAUAGUUUUUCAAGGAUUACAUACUGGUACUACAGGGUCUUAUGACUUUCAAUUGCAUCCUGUUUGAUGCAACAAUCAGAUAAUUCUAUCUCUUAAUUGCACAUUUAUACUGAGAAGUGUUAGGCAGCUGCAUUGAUGAGUCAGUUCACUGGUUGAAAAUAAAAAAAAUCUAAAUAAAAAAUAAACAGGGUUUUCCUGUCAGAACAAAAGAAUUGUACAGUGUCAUUUUAACAUGUAUCUCAAAGGGCGUUUUUUGGUGUUUUCCUUGUAUUGUCAGAUAGCCUUUCUGUUGUUCCCAGAACAGCAGUGUUAGACACCAGAGUUACAUGACAGCGUUCUAUUUUUAUUUAUUGAUGAUGAUUUGUUGUAUAAAACAUGUGAUUCUGUAUAUGAAUAGAAUCUGAAUGGUAUCACAAACUUGGAACCCUUAAAUGUAUAAAUAUUUGAAUUCUCUUGCAUUUUUGUUAUUUGUGUAGUUGGGUAACCUUGUGUACAGUAUAAGGUAUAAUUUUUUGAAUUUAUUUCAGAUAUAAUUUUUUAACUCAAGUGCAACAGAAGAUUUGAGCUAUAUAUGGGUGGGGGUCGUGGGGCAAUUUAAAGAAAAUGAUGAAUAUCUUCCUGGAUGCCGUGUUAUGCUUUGUGAAAGCAGUGUUAUCGUAGAGUUAGAAGUCCACACUUCAAUAAAGUUAUAUGUGUACGUUUUAUUUUGAAAGUUCAUGCUUACCAGCCAGCCCUUCUAUACCUACUUUAGAGGUUAUUCACCCAUUCAUCGUUUUUAUACAAUCAUUUCUAUUGCACAUAUGUAAGAAUCUUUUGCAGUUGGCAAUAGCCAUUUAUUCACAUUGUAAAUCGAAUCAGCUCAACUUUUCUGCAACUUGCUUAGAAAUCAGGUAGGAGGGGCUGUUUAGCAUUACAAGCAGUAAAUGAGGGCACAACAAAAGUCGUGUUUCCAACGUCCAGAGUAGUUUUUCUGAGCCAUUUAUUUUAACCCACUUCUAUUUUAACUUGAUCUGCCAGAGUAAAAAUUUAAACCAAAACAGGUGUUUUGUGUUUUAAUUUGUUUAUGUGGAAAUGUUUUGCGUUUGUUUUGAGGCACAAUAAAAGCAAUUAUACCACCAUAAGAAUGUUUAUUUUUAACUAAUUAGAUGUUUUUAAAGAUUGCAUGUGUGCAAUGUUAUUUUAAGACACAUGGCAUUGAUUUAAUUUAUCAUAUGUCUGAUAAUGUGUCAUGUUUCCUCAGAGUUUCGGGAAAUUGUAAUACUGUGUCCAAGUAAAACACUGAGAAAAUAUCAGGCAUGUUGGUUAUAACAGCAGAGUACUUCUGUUUAUUGCUCAUCUACCAUAAAUAUAAUUAAAGGCUUUUGCAGCUGUAGAGUACAUUUGAAACUCUUUAGUUACACCUUCAAAUGGAGAUUGAAAUGACUUUAUAUAAGACGAAGAGAAGUUGCUGUAAAAUAAGAAUCAGUUAUAGUUUGCAUUCCUGAAAAAUAAGUACUUAAUGAGAACAUUUUUGUAGAGAAUCUACACUUGUGAGUUGCAGACUAACGACUGAGUCAAGUGACUUUUUUCUACAUAAACUGCACUGCAGGCAAAACACACAGCAAACAACCCAGGGUAGACUGGGAGUUCACAGUCAUUAGUUUUUAAGGGGAUAAUGGUUCAGGAAAACAUAAUUAUGUUGAUAAAACACAUACAAACUUAACAUUACUGUCUUCUGUCCAAGAUGUUGGAGUCAGUUUCCACCUGCAGGUUGAUGGAUUUGCCACAUAGCAGUUGAAUGUCAUGUGUGAGCACCAUAGGACAGGCCGUAUUAAAGCUAGUUGGUUGCAGCAACUGAACUUUCAAAGAGUAAAACUUACAUAUACACACUGAAAUGUUUGACAUUUUAGAAUUAUCAUUACCUUUUAUAUCUGCCUGGGGACUGUUCACUUAGCAUAAAGACUGUUUAUAUAUAAUUAUUAAAUAUUUCCUAGCCAGUACCUAUAAGACUCAAACAUUUUCUUUUCUUAGCUGAAGAUAUCAAUCUAUCGUAAUGAAAAAGUGUAACCUGCACCUUAAUAAAGCUUCAGAGGUUUCUUUAUGUGGAUUAGUAUUAUGCAGCUUGUUUUUAAUCAAACCAAGAUCAUUUUUAUCCAUCUCCUUCAAAUGGCCCUGCUUCAGCAAAUCUGUUGCAAGUUUUGGCGCUGUUACAACUGGCUCAAGCUUUUACUGAUUCAAAAUUUUAAUUAUGUGAAUCCCCUUCACUUACCAAAUAGCUGUAGAAAAUCACAAGAUUCCCUUUAAUUUUACAUGUCUUACUAAUUGAUUAAUAAGAUAGAUUACUCAGAUUAAACAAUAUUACAUAUUUUUUCUAAUAACAGUCAAAAACUGUUAGAAAGCAUUUAUUAGCAUCAGCACUGGUUACUCUUAUCUCCCUACAGCCUCAUGAAACCUGAGACUUGUACACUUUUGAAUAUAGCUACAUUUGCUGUUUCCCCCUGAUUGCAGUCUUUAUGCUAAGAUAAGCUAACAAGAAGUUUGUGGUAAAUUCUAGGUUUAAAUAGCAGCCCCUGAAGCUGGAGUUCCCAGUUUAGAAAGUCAAACCUCCUUGAGCUAUCCAGUAUGUAAAUCCAAUAUGGCUGCCAUGCAUAUACAAGAACUACAAAUUUGCAAUUGUAGAUUUUUGCUUUCAAAUUGAAUACACUCAACAUCCAACUUCCAAGGCAAAUGGAUGGCAGUAUUAACAAAUCCAAAAUGUCAAGCAGUUUCUUACAAAUAUAACAUGUACAACAAUAAAAAAAAAACAAAUAUUUUCUCAGCUGCAAAUAAGUUUACUGGGACCAGCUUGUUUCUUGUACCCUCCAAGUAAAAGAGAAACUUUAAUCCAGUAAAUAAAAGUACUACUAGACACUACUAGCCUUUGGUUUUUACCAGUUAUACUUUUCACCUGAUACCAGUUGUCUCAAUGGUAUCAAAUUCCCAGAAUAAACCUUAUGCAGCACACCCAGUUGAUCAUGCCAGCGCUUGAAUUCAUGGCUUUAAUUUUCAUAUAUGUAAUGGUCUCUGUGAGAUGACUUGAUUUGAAUGAGGGUGUGAAGCAAGGUUAAGUAGACCAAAAUUCUAUUUUUGUUCUGUUUUUGUAUUUUGUGUGGGGGCGUGUGUGUGUGUACCCCGGACAGUCAGUCCUGUGUUGAGGAUAAUAAGAUGAAUAUUUUUAAAAUGCAGAAAAAUAUAUUAUUGUUUAAUGUGAGAACAACAACACUGUGCUGAUUAUGUUCAACUUCCUGAAUGCUCUGAAACAUGAAGAACAAAGUCUGUGUAUGAAGUGGGACUGAAAACUGUAUGUGGUGUACUGUUUGUCUGCAUUCUGCUAAAUGUAACCAAUCACAGACUCGUGACUAACUCUAGAGGGGAAAACAAAUCUGUAAAUCUAAUAAUUUUGACUUAUGAAGUACUUUUGACUGAAUAUAGUUUGCAUUGUAAAUAUAUUUAGAGAAUAAAGAGCUGGGCUGCACAAUUAAAUUCAAACGUUUUGGGUUUUUGCAGAUGUUUUAUGUUUUUGUGUGCAGACCCAAUAUAAGGGAGCAUAGAAGAUGAAUUUUGAAGUAAGAUGACUGAUUGGUGCCAUUUAGCUUCCAGUGAAACCUUCAUCUGAUAAUAAUAGAAUUUAUGUUGAAUAGAUACCAUGUCCAACAGGACUCUGUUAUCUUUUGUAUGCAUUGUGAGAUUUUCAGUGCAACAGUCACUACAGCAUUAUCUGCCAAUGCCCGCAAUAUGCAACGCUAAUCAUGUAAGCAUUUUAAAUUGUCAUUACUCAAUAGCUUAAGCUUUUUAUUAGUUUGAAAGACACAACCAAAGUCUUUAAUUGGUUUAAAUUAAAAUUGAAAAAUAAAAUUGAAAUAUGUGAGCAGUUUUCUGCUCUUCGUCCCAGUGAUGAAUUUUUCUGCCUGUAGUUAUUGCAUGCAGAGCAUGCAGUAAAAAGUGAGGCAUCUAUGGUGAUAGGUAGUACUGAAAUGACAUGUUGUGCUGAGUGUCACUUACCUUGGGUUAUGUUGAAAAGAGAGCAGGGAGUGGCUUUUUUGUUUGUGAGAAGCCAGGAUGCUUCUUUUUGGUUCUUUGCAGUUAACCUCAAACUCAUGUGCAAGCUGUUUGUACAGAACAUAACAGCGCUAAGAUAAACUGAAAAAAUUAGUUUGCUUCUUUCCAAAACCAAUAAAAAGUAUAACUGGAUGCUU